UGGGUGGGGCCGGAAGUGUCCCGCGGGCCAGAAGCGUGGAGACACCUGUGCGACAAAGCAAAGAGAUGCGGGCUUUGAAAACCGAAAAUAAGCGUCUGCUCGAGAGGAUCGGCGACCUCCAGCGGAGCUUAGGUGUGUGCAAGAGGGUGGCGGCGGGGCUGCGCAAGGGACCCUCUGUGUUGGCUCAGCCAGUUCUUCAUCCGGUACGAAGGCGAAAGCGAAGGCGGGCGGAGGCGUCAGCAGCAGCGCAGCAGCAGCAGCAGCAGCUGGAGGAGCAGCAGCAGCAGCAGCUGGAGAGAGCAGUCGGGAAGUGCAGCUGCCGAGAGCAAAACACCGGACGCUUCGGGGGAAGGAAAGCUCUUUACCUGGUCCGCUGGCUCCGGAAAAGGCAACCAGAUGCACUUGCUCAAGCUCCCCGAAUCCGCACCUACCUCGACCGCUUCCAGUCCUUCCAUUUACACGAGUUUGGGACACAAAAGAUGAAGGAGGGGGCGAGCUCCAGGGUCAGCAGAGUCAAGAGUUUCCUGCACUACAUGUCCUUAUGCAAAAUCCGCCUGUCGGACUGGCAGUUCCUCUACGAUGUGGAGAAGAUCAAAGCUUGGAUACGUGAGAUGAGGAACUCGGGCAAGAAAAUCACGACCGUCAGGUACUACCUCCACAACAUUGCCCAGUUCCUAGAAUAUCUCCUGAACGUGAGGCCGAAACACGUGAAGCUGACCCUGGAGCAAAUCCGGGAGAUCCUGCAGCUGGUGGAGAAGGCCAGGAAGGAGACGAGCCGCGACAUUGUCGUCCACCAGAACCAAGUCAAGCGGAAAAAAAUGGACCAGAUACCCGACGUCGAGACCAUCCGCACCUGCCUGCGCGUGGCUCCGGCCGCCAUCUCCGACCUGCUCGAUAAGCUGGAGGCUGACUCCAGGCAAACAACCACCCGCUACCUCCUGUAUGGGUACCUGACCGCGUACUGGGCCUGCAUGAGCGGCCACAGGCCCAGCGUCUUCAUUAAUAUGAAGGAGGACGAGGUCGUCGCCUCGGAGAAAAAACUGACAGACCAGGGAGUCCUCAUUAGGGUGGCUGACCACAAGACCACCGUCAGGUUCGGGGAGGCCAACCUGGCUGUGACUCGUGCUGAAUUUGACUGGAUCAGGCGUCUUCUGGCUAUAAAGCGUACCGUGAGGUCCAGAAAUCGCUACAUCCUGUUCACUCUGGGCAAGCAUCCCUUCAAAAACGUGAACAGGUACCUCCAGAUGGCGUGGGACAAAAUGGGCCUAAAGGGGGAAAUUAACUUCACCCUCAUCAGGACGGCCCUGGCAGACGGAGCCAAGUCGCUGCUGCCCGAGGAGCAGAGACGGAAAGUGUCCUUCUCAAUGUGCCACGACACCAGGACGGCUGACCGGUUCUACACCAGGAACCCCAACCUGUCAGACGCCAUGGAGGUACGAAAGACCAUGGAGAGGAUGCUUUCCGGUCUAGACCUCACGCCCAUGCCAAGUCGCGCCGUAGCGCUCGACCCAAAACGGCUGACGCCGUCCGAGCCAGAGGACGCACCUGGCCCGUCGGACACCGCCCUUCCCGGCCCAAGCGGAACCGCGCAGGCUAAAAGGGGUGGGAAAAAGACCGCAAAAAGACAGAGGGAGACCACCGCUUCAUCCGACUCCGACUCCCAGGAAGACAUCAAGGUGCCGUAUCAGGAGUCGGGCUUCUCCAUGUCCAGCCUGGAGGAGAUGGAGGACUCUUCCGAGGAGGAGGAGGAGGACGAGGAGGACAGGGAGAAGAUCGUGCCUGUGAAAAGACAGCGAUUAAGUCAGUGUGCGGUGAGCAUCAGUCUGCUUAAGACGGCAAAUCUGAGGGUCCAGAGGACCAGAGAGGCCAGCCAGAAGGUCAAACGUGUGCUUAGGAAACACACUGGCUUGUAGUUGGGAUCUUGUGGUGUGAUGUUCGUGUGACAGUUCAGAUAUUUUUCAUAAUGUUUGCAAGUUUUACACUUCUAAUCAGUGCUGCUUUAUAUGCGUGACUGUUCAGGUGUUUUUCAUAAUGUUUGCAAGUUUUACACUUCUAAUCAGUGCUGUUUUAUGUGCGUGACUGUU